GCCUAUAUCCAGUCCAAGAAGAAGUACAAGCCCGUCGCGCAGAAGGUGCGUGCAGUCCUCGGGACGUGCCCGGAGAAGUUCCGCAUAGAACGCCACAUCACGGGGGACCCUCUCGCUACGAUGCCGAAGCUCUCGCCAACACCCCCACCAUUCGUACCAACUGGUCGCUACACACAGGAGCGUAAGGAGGCCUUCGACAAGGCUCACGGCGACGACUUCCUGUGGGCGGAGGAG